AUGCGCCCGCACCACCAACACCCCCAACACCAAACGCAACACCGAGACGAGAGGCAGCCACCCACUACUCCGCCAGUGCUAACUUCUGGCCUCCAGCUAUGUCUAGCUCACUAUUGCGACCUCCACGGGCCCACCCCGUUGAUGGUCACCGAAGGCCUGCCAGCCCCUUGCUCAACAUGCUUUGACGAGGCCGAACUCCAAGACCGACCACCCACGAGCGCCCCCACCUCCGUGCCGAGCUCUGUUGGACAAGCCACGGCAGCCAUCGCAGAUGCGAUGCGCAAGAUGAACAUGCAUGGUCACCGGAAUUCUUCUCUCUCCAUGUCAGAACAAGAAGCCCAAAUAUCCCGAGCAGCGCUACUACGCAACGCCUCGUCACCUGCCGCCAAUACCACCUCUCGCCCGUCCACGUCAGCCAUCGAGACCCCGCCUGAAAGCCCGCGAAGAGUGUCCGAGCAGCCGGCACCACGUCGCGAAUCGAGCAAUUUCCGGAGAACAUACGACGAUAAUAUCGCUAACACGGCUCUAGGCUCCGCCAUCUCCAAGCAAGAGUGCACUGUUAUCAACAUCGGCGACCCUGAUGGCCCUCCCCGCCUGCUCUCUUACCUGUCUUCAAGUCAAGGAUAUCUUUGGAACCCAGAGAUCUUCCUCCCACCCUAUGUCGACUGCGAUUACGAGCCGAUUGAGAAUCGACGAGACCCUGUCCACGAUAUUGUACUCACAGAUGAGGAGUCCAAGAGCAUGCUCCCGCAAUGA